CUUCACAACUAGGAUUGUGAAAAAUCAAACAAAAAUUUCAACAAUCUUCAAAUUCACGAAAGCAAUGAUCAGCCUCAUCCUCCCCCACCGCCACCACCCCAAAAUUCACAAGAAAAAUAUGCAAUCUUUGAUCACAGAAAGGCUCAGUCUCACAUAAUUAAAUGAGCUAUAAACCCUCAAACAUUUUUGUAAUACAUGAUUAUCAAUCUAGCCUAUUUGAAUAAUUCGAUGAAAAAUCUCUCCUUUUCCUCUUUUGAAAAAGUGGGAGUGAGAGUGAGAUUUUCAAGAACGUGUUUUUGAAGAUGCUAUUUGAAUUCUCAUUUUCCGAAUCCUAAUUGUAUGGUGAGUAUUACUUCAUAGUACUAAUUAAUUUUGUUUAUGUUCUGUCAUUUGAUGAUGUACACUGCCUCAAUUUCAUGAAUUUAUAUAAAAAACUGCAGAUUUAAGGAGGUGAAAAAAGAAAAAUGGGGUUUGGGAAUGAUAUAAGGAAUGGUGUGAUGUUUACAAUUAGAGGGUGUUUGCAUCAUCCAUUCCUUGUGUUUAUUGUGUGGGGGAUGAUAUACAUCUCGAGGGCAUUUCCUUUCAUGUUUUCCUUGUUGCUUCCUGCGGCUCCAGUCGUAGUUUGCUCGGCUGUCUUGCUCGGAACCCUAUUGCAUUGCGGGCAGCAGAGCAUACACGAGACCGAGAUAGGAAUGAAGUCCAAAUAUGAGGGUGUUUCGCUUAGGAAUCACAAGUUUGUAGAUGCUAAUACUGCUAGUGUUGUUGCUGAGAACAAUGAGCAGCAUUUUGUUGAAAAAUGUGGUGAUAGUGUGGAGUCGAACUUGGUAGGGCAUAGGCUAGACGAGAUUCAUGUAGGCGUGGAUGAAUCGAGUGAGGGGAUUAGUGUAGGCAUGGAUGGAUCGAGUAAGGGGAGUGUAUCGAGUGAGAUUGGGUCGGAGAAUGACGAGAGUGGGGAGGAGAGUGAAGGAUUAGGCGAUCAUCGGGUGCACGAGGAAGAAGAGAGGGGGAGAGAUUGAGAGGGAGAGGGGGAGGUGAUGGCUGAUCAGUAUGCCAUAAUCUCUAAAGUGGUUGGUGAUCUACUAGAAUCGGAGUCUGGACCACGAGAAAUCCGACGGGGAUUCGGGUGAUUCAGAGAGGGAGAAUAGGAUGGAUCGCCACGAGAAUGAGGCAGAAGGAGGCCGAGAAAGUUCAGACUCAGGGUCCGAGGCGACCGAGAACUCGUCUCCAGAUGACACCUCGAUUGAGGACAUAAUGCCAACGAUGCUCCACGAGCUCCACCCACUUUUGGAUGAGGAUGCUCCGCAGCCUCAGAUGUCGCAUGCCAACUCCGAGGCAUCGCUAAAUGAGCAUUCUCAGCGCUCAAGCAAUGAUGGCAUUGAGUCGGCUGAUGAGACGGACAUACAAGAAUUGGAGGUUGCAGAUGAUGAUGACGACGACGAAGCGGACGACACAGAGGAUCACACCCAGUCUGUGAUCACUUGGACAGAGGAGGAUCAGAAAAAUCUAAUGGAAGUCAGGAAUUCGGAGAUCGAAAGGAAUCGACGGUUGGAGAGGAUUAUAACGAGGAGAAGGAAUCGGAGUAUGGUGCCUGAGAUCAACUUGUCGGAGUACAAAAACUCUGAAUUCCAGAUCCAAAUCGCUCCGAUAUCCACAGCAAGACGGAAUCCGUUUGAUCUCCCUCAAGAUUCCGGCCCUGGCUCGGCUCCUUCGGUUCUAUCGCGACGGAGAACGAACCCUUUUGAGCUGCCUGACGACUUGGUCGAAGAGGAUCCGAAUGAAAUAGCGGACAGGUCUCGAAUAGAGCUUAGGCCGUCGCUAACUGGACGCCCCUUCCUUAGAAGACGCGACAAUUUCUCCACUAGGCCUCGAUCUUUUCCCCGAAUAGGCAAGAGGGGCGGCCGGUGAAGAUAAAACCCUUCUUUGUUGCACAGCAGGUGGUUGCUGAUGAGUCAAGCUACUCACCAUUUAAACGGCAGUCGAGCGAGCACAGCUCUGGUCCGGAGGAAACGGAUUCGGUUGGCUCAGUCGAGUAUUUUGAAGACGAGGGAGGAGACGAUUCUGAUGAAGACAUUGAAGAUGAUCCGUCGAAGAAUCAUGAUGGGGUCUCCAAUGAUCAAGAAAGUGCUGAUACGAGCUGCCAGAUGGACAAGGGUCCGAACAGGGAGCCUGCAUACGAGACCGACACGAGCCCCACUGUGAGGGCUCAACUAGAAGUAGAGCCAGAUGAUGAUGAAAUGCAGGUACGGGAAACCUCGUCUGCUCAUUAAGAAAUACUACUACUAUAUGAGUCGAGCGUAGAGCCAGAAACGCAGGCUUCAUCGGGAAUAAACGAACAACACAGCAUUGCUUCUGAAGGAGUCGCAACCAAACAACUGCUUCGGAGAGGGUAAAAGUUCGAAAAAAUGUGUUGGAGUUUUCAGCUCGAGCUCGAGUGGCUCAGAAUGAGGACAAGAAUGUUAGUUCCCUUUAUUCAACUAGCAUGGUCUAAUGGGGUUAUUCAAUAAUGGUUUUUUUAACUUGAUUUCUUGAGAUUUUUUAUGGAUUCUCCUUCCUCUUAUUUACUUCCUCAUUGCUUUAAUAUCUGGAAUGACAAGUUACUUAAA